CAUGAGCAGAAGCUUCUCUCUCAGAAUAAUCACAAAAAACAAGAUUCUUUCUUUCUUUCCUUCUUUAAGCCCUUACCAAUCUUAAAAGGUUGUCCUUUGCUUUAAAGAUGUUGUGUAGAAUGGUGGUUGUGACCGGCCGGAAGAAGAAAGCCGGUUCGGUUCCGGUUUAUCUUAAUGUGUACGAUCUCACACCCAUCAAUGGCUACGCUUACUGGUUAGGACUUGGCGUCUAUCACUCUGGUGUUGAAGUUCAUGGGGUUGAGUAUGGUUUCGGAGCUCAUGAGCAUUCAACAACAGGGAUCUUCGAGGUGGAACCGAAGCAAUGUCCAGGUUUCACAUUUAGGAAGUCUAUUUUAAUUGGAAGAACAGAUUUAGAUCCUGAGAAAGUUCGUGUCUUUAUGGAGAAGCUUGCUGAAGAGUAUAGUGGAAACAGUUACCAUCUCAUUACAAAGAACUGUAAUCAUUUCUGUAACGAUGUUUGUGUUCAGCUCACCAGGAGAUCUAUCCCUAGUUGGGUUAACCGUCUUGCUCGCUUUGGUUUGUUUUGCAACUGUGUUUUGCCUGCGGAGCUGAAUGAGACAAAGGUGAGGCAGGUUAGAUCAAAAGAGGAGAGGGUUCCGGAAGCAGAAGAGAAGAAACUUAGGAGCAGGUCAAGUAGAUAUCCACCUGGUCCUUCGCUUUCUUCGUCGGGUUCUUUAAACCGAAGCAGAAGAGGAGGAGGAGGAGGAGAAAGGAGAAGACAAUGUCUUCCUCCAUCACCACCUGUGAGUGCUUAGCUCUAGUUAGUCCUAGUAAAAUCUUACUCCUCUUUCUUGUUUCGUAAUUUGAUUCGGUUUGUAAUGGUUUCAAGAAGCUGUGUUUAUGUGAACAAACAUUUUAUUGAUGGUAAUGGUAUAAGAUCUUU